CUUGCUCGAUCCAUCAUCCACAUUUUAUGACGCGCAUCCACCAUGAGCCUCAAUUAACUCAGUCGCUAACAAUUUCUCUAACCUCUGACUACUAGCGAUAUGAGCAACACCAGCCUCAUCUCUUGGGCCGUCCCCAGACUGAGCCAAAUUCUCCCGCUGGACGAGGAGUCGCUCACGCAGAUCAUCACCUACGCCGCCAGCCUCUCCAAAGAAGAAGGCGCCGAACACCUCAAAAACCUUCUGGGCGACUCUCCCGCCGCGUUCGAAUUCAUUUCUGCAUUCAGCUCGCGACGAGAACCACCCCCACGAUCUAACGCGCCGUCACCCGCACCGAGCGGCCAGUCCACAUCUAGGAACAAUUAUUCGGGAACGCAGUCGAAGAGGGGCAAGAAGUCGAAGCCACCACUACACAGCGCCGGACCUGUUCGCCGACCAGACAAUUUUGGAAAUGUGACGGGUGGAUACAGGAAGGAGGACCAGGAUGAGGACUACAUGCCCGUCUCUAGCCGGAGCAGACAAGAAGGAAGCGCGAGAGAAGGCACACUGGACACCGGUCUAUCACCAUCACCGUUAAUCUCUUCCCGCGAGGCACCCGCUACCUCUUCGCGAAACCAUUCACCGGCCCCGAGACCAACACCGGCUAAAAACCCGCCUUCUGCCGCUGGGCCUGUGAUCUCGGAUCUACUACCGAAUGUCAAGUCGAAGGCGGCCAAGUCUGCCUCUCGAGCUGGUGGGAGCAGUACGGGGACCGGCUCAUCGUCCAAGGGAUCGCUGACUACGAAUAAUAUUACUGAUUUGACGGCUGCCAUUGCCGCUUUGGAGGUAUCUACGAAUCCGACGCUGAGUGGUGGCGCACGCAAAUGCACAUGCAACGCUAGUAUCCAUCCUCUUUUUGAUCCCGCGCCGAAUUGCCUCAACUGCGGGAAGAUCAUUUGCUCGCUGGAAGGGCUACAGCCGUGUUCGUUUUGCAAAACACCUCUCCUGUCGAAUGACGAGAUCCAGAGCAUGAUACGGGAGCUGCGGGCGGAGCGUGGUCAGGAGAAGAUGCGCGCGCACAAUGAGAGUGUACAUCGGGAGGGUGGCCCUGGAAUGGGCUCAGGAGCUCCCAGUAAACUUGACGCUGCCAAGGCGCAUCGGGACAAGUUGCUUGCGUUCCAGGCGCAGAACGCCAAGCGGACACGUGUGGUGGACGAGGCGGCAGAUUUUGAGACCCCGAACGUAGCAUCUACGCUGUGGAUGACACCUGCGCAGCGAGCACUGGCCCUUAAGAAACAGCAGCGGAUUAUGCGGGAAAUGGAGGAAAAGGCACGGCCGGAAUGGGAGAAAAAGAAGACUAUAAUGAGUCUGGAUAUCAAGGGAGGAAAGGUGAGGAGGGUCUACCAAUCGGCUGGGCCUGCGGAAACGGGCCCUUCCGCGGAGGAGGAAGCCGAAGCAAGGGCAGAGGAGGAGCUCGGAGAUGGGGAGAACAGGGAAAGCAGCGGUAAGGCAUUCAGCCACAAUCCUCUUCUUGCAGCUGGAGGGCUGUUGCGACCGGUCUGGAAGUCGGCGGACGGAGAGCAAGCGGACGCGGCACGCAAAGAGCGGAAACAGACGUGGCGGCGAGUGCAGGACGAUAAUGAUGAUAACGAGCAGUGGAUUCUCGAUGGCGGUCUCCACGGUUACACAUGAGAGGCUUUUGACAUAAUAGCUUAUCCGAACUGGCUGGUUACAUUGUCUGCAAGCCGGACAACAGUAGCCGAUGCUCUAAUGCAAAUACAGUGGGUAGCAACAGCCCGAGACUCUCCCAGCUAUGUCCGAUAAGGCCCGCGAUAUAAGCACACAAUGAUUGGGCCACGAGCUCCAGGAAAUACUACCGCUCUGACAUGGAUCGAUAAGCAAUGCUCCGUCAGAAGACAAGACACAUAGCAGGAGUGGUUAUAUAUCCUCCGACGGUGUACACGACGCGGAAUGACAGCAGCAAUAUUAGCAUGAGCAUUACCAAUCGAGAUCCUAAUGAAGGGUUCCAACAGAUCAGCGGUUAAAGCUACUAACUCUCAUAUACAGUGUAGAGAUAUGAAGCACCCGGGGUAACCGGGCCAGGAGGUCCGACAACCGGACUUCUCUAUGUAGAUACACAUACCAGCCGGUGCUGGCCACGAUGACGCAUCCUCG